UUGUUCCAUAAAUUUUAAAAAUAAUUAAAUGCAUAAGUCAAAAUGUUUAAGAGUAUUCUCUGGUAUCUGAACUACUUUGCAGGAUCAGAUAUAAUACUGUGGAGAGUAAUAUCAGAACUUUUAUAAUUAUGAAAAUGCUUUUAUGUCAGAAGAUACUUAAGCUGAAGAUUCAUGGCUUACAAAAAAUAAACAUUUCAAACUUUAAACUUAUUUUCUGGAAUGAUACUUGCUCUGGAAUAAUAUUCAAAACACUUUUCUGAAAUGCAUCUAGCCACACAGGAGAAUGAGCAUGCAAGGAGGUAAAGAAAGGGUUGGUGGUGAAACAAUUAUAGAUUUCAAAGCUAUUGUUUGAAAUAACCCAAACAAGCAAAACAUUAGUAUUUUUAUCUUGAAAUUCUUGGUGAAUUUUAUGUUCUAGCCUAUAAUAUAUUAGUUUAUUUUAACACAAAAGUUUCUUCCAAAAUGGACAUGUCCAAAAGAUACACCAUGCUGGCGACGGUGGUGGCGGCGGCGGCAGCGGGUUCUGUUGCGCGUGACUCACGGGAUGGGAGCGGAGCCCAGGCCGGGAGCAGGCGCCGCUGCCAGAGACCAUGGGGAACGUGUUGGCCGCCAGGUCGCCGCCCGCAGGGCCGCCACCGCCGCCUGCGCCGGCCCUCGUGGAGCUGCCGCCACCUCCGCCCUCGCCGCCGGGCUUCACGCUGCCGCCGCUGGGAGGCGGCCUGGGCGCCGGCACCAGUACGAGUCGAGGUUCGGAACUGACCCCCGGGGCUGCAACUGCCAGCGCCUCAGGGGCCGCCGAGGAUGGGGCCUGCGGCUGCCUGCCCAACCCGGGCACAUUCGGGGAGUGCCACCGGAAGUGCAAGGAGCUGUUUCCCAUUCAGAUGGAGGGUGUCAAGCUCAUAGUCAACAAAGGGUUGAGUAACCAUUUCCAGGUGAACCACACAGUAGCCCUCAGCACAAUCAGGGAGUCCAACUACCACUUCGGGGUCACGUAUGUGGGGACAAAGCAGCUGAGUCCCACAGAGGCGUUCCUUGUAUUGGUGGGUGACAUGGACAACAGCGGCAGUCUCAACGCUCAGGUCAUUCACCAGCUGGGCCCCUGUCUCAGGUCCAAGAUGGCCAUCCAGACCCAGCAGUCGAAGUUUGUGAACUGGCAGGUGGACGGGGAGUAUCGGGGCUCUGACUCACAGCAGCCGUCACCCUGGGGAAACCCAGACAUCCUCGUGGGUUCAGGAAUCCUCGUAGCCCACUACCUCCAGAGCAUCAUGCCUUGCCUGGCCCUGGGCAGAGAGCUGGUCUACCACCAGCAGCCUGGGGAGGAGGGCACUGUCAUGUCUCUAGCUGGGAAAUACACAUUGAACAACUGGUUGGCAACGGUAACGUUGGGCCAGGCGGGCAUGCACGCAACAUACUACCACAAAGCCAGUGACCAGCUGCAGGUGGGUGUGGAGUUUGAGGCCAGCACAAGGAUGCAGAACACCAGCGUCUCCUUCGGGUACCAGCUGGACCUGCCCAAGGCCAAAGGCUCUGUGGAUAGCAACUGGAUCGUGUGUGCCACGUUGGAGAAGAAGCUCCCGCCCCUGCCCCUGACACUGGCCCUUGGGGCCUUCCUGAAUCACUUCCCCAUCCCUGGUCAGUCCACCUUGCCCCGUCCACUUUCCCAUCUCCUCGGUAUAAAUCAUGUUUAUAAGUUAUGGAAGAACCGGGACAUUUUACAGAAAAAAAAACAAAAAGCAACAAAAAAUAUACGUGGGGAAGAAAAAAAGAUACACCAUGCUUAUCUAAGGCUUUUAGUACUUCCUGUCAUAGUUGCAUAUAUGCCAGAUUGAGGGGCACAGAACUAGGGGAAUUUGGUGAAAUGCUCAUUAUACAGAACUGUAAUACCUAUUGUGGCAUUUUA